CUCCCCGCCUAAGUCCACUCUCUUUCUCUUUUUCUCCAGUCGAGAAAAGAAUAGUAGUAUGUCGGGUGUUUGGGUGUUCAAGAACGGGGUGAUUCGGCUGGUGGAGAACCCGGGCGGGGAGUCGACGGGAUCGGGAACUCGUCGGAAAGUGCUGGUUUACUUGCCGACGAACGAGGUGGUAACGUCGUACGGGGUGCUGGAGAACAAGCUGAGCUCGCUGGGGUGGGAGAGGUACUACGACGACCCGGAGCUGCUGCAGUUCCACAAGAGAUCCACCGUUCAUCUCAUCUCCCUCCCUAAGGAUUUCGGCAAGUUCAAGUCCAUGCACAUGUACGAUAUCGUCGUCAAGAACCGUAACGCGUUCGAAGUUCGGGACAUGUCGUCGUAGCCAAUCGAUCCAUGCAUGCAUGCAGGCAGCUAGCUAGUUAAUUCGGCAGCUAGCUAGCUAGCUAGCUUCAAUUCUUCCUUCCAUUAAUUAUAUACAUAAAUUCCUGUUGAUUUGCGUGCUAUGAUUAAUCAAUUUACCCAAUUCGAUCUCA